ACUGGGAAAACGUACUGAAUAAGUCACUAAAAAGGAGAUUCAAGGCAGACCCUUACACCAAUGUGACUAUCGAAGUACGAGAACAGACCACCGGCAAAAUAAUAGCAAAGAACUCUACAGUCACUCCUGCUAAAGAGCCUGAAGCUAACGUGACAAGUCUUGAAUGUAAUCAGGUGAAAUGCCAAGCUAUCGUGGAAAACGAAUGCUCUAAAUAUAAUGGUUACAAUAUAACAGUGCAAUUCACUCUGAAGCCAUCGUGUGACAAACUCAAGAAUCCCCUUAUCACACACGCUGCUGUCGUCUCUAGCCAAACAGUAAGGGUAGCAUUAAGAGACCUGGAUCUGGUGCCUUUUACGAACUACACCGCAACCGCCAAGCUUGCCAACAACGUGGGCGCCGCCACCGACCCCUCCCUCACCAGAGAAACCUUCUUCAUCUCAAAGUCCGAAAGUCCCGGCAGAGUGAGCAGCCUGAACGUGACACAUUCAACCCCUUAUUCCUUGCACGUGGUGUGGAGUGCCCCGGACGACGAUCCACCGAAGGGAAAACUAAGCGAAUAUAAACUGGAAUGGAAGAUUCGUGGAGUGUCUACAAAUAAAGAAAAUGUAAUAGUCAAUGAAAGUGUUACAAGUUUCAACAUUACCGGACUGCAACAAAAUACUACUUAUGAUAUCAAGAUCGUGGCUAAAAAUGCUCAAAUAAGCAGUUAUGGUGAGGCUUUCUCCAUCACAGCCACCACCAAGGACGAAGGCGCUUCCGAUCCAAGUACUGAGACAGAGAUGACCGACGCAAAAACAACUCAACGCAGCCUACGCUUCAGCUGGGACGAGUCUCGGAGUGACAAUUGCAUCACUGAUUACUACACAGUCACAUUCUUUGAUGGAGACAAGAGGACUGUGAAAAAUAUCAACGAUAAUGAAAUCAGAUUUGAUGGCCUGGCUCCCGGCAAGAAGUACACGCUAGAAGUGGAGGGAUGUCCUAGGACAGGGAAAUGUGAAAAACUGAAGACGUUUGAAAAAUGGACGAAACCAGAGAAGCCACGAGUGGUCGAGAAAAAGAACUCCAGACAACAACAGACACCACCAUCACCAUCCAGCUGCCCGACUUGGAGAACCCCCCCGGAAUGCAUUGGAUAUUGUUGAGGAUAUGCAGCAGCGGCGGCGAAUGUCAGACAAGGAAGCAAGACUUUAGUAAAGAAGCAGAGGAAAUGGUUCGCACGGAAAGGGAGAGGGAGAAUGAAAAGAAGAGGAAGGAGACGCAGGCAAAUGGGAGGAAUCGUCGUUCCGUUGAUCCAGGCCAAAAUGAUGACUCGUUGCGUAUCGUAGCACAGAUCGAGGUGGUGGAGGGAGAGGACCCCAAGGAGACAGCGGUGGUGGGAAGCAAAUGGAAUGGCGGAAAGGGUCUGGAAAGCGAUACUGAGUACAUGGUGUUGAUAGUGACGGAGAAGAGGGCAGGUCCCUACAGUGAAUACUUCUCGUGUAAGCCCCGGAUUAUGAGGACGGCGAAGCGCCCUAAAGGCCCUGCUAUUCUGGGGAUGAUCGUGGGCAUGUGUUUUGCUGCAAUAUUCCUCAUUUGCAUCUUCACAAUGCUGGUGGUGAAAUUCAGGAAGCCAAGCAGGAAGAAGCUUCCGGACAAUGGUUAUUUUAACCCAGUCGACAAGGAAGACAAUUCAAUCAUUAACUCAGUAGAGCAAGGGGGUGGUGUCAUGAUCAUGCCCGAAGAUGACAUUCUACCAAAGGACAACAAAAAGAAGCCGGAAGAUGAUGAAAAAGAUGCACCUCAAGAGGAUCUGUAUGCAAAUCUAAAUCAUGAAGUUAGUAAGGAGGAUCUCGAACAGUAUCUUCCACGUGCUAUCUACGCUUCCGAAACAACGAUGGAGUUUAACUCUGUGCCUUUCUUCAUGACCGGGAAGACAACCUCUGGUAGCCGCAUCCCAGAGAAUGUGCCCAAGAACAGAUACAAGAAUAAUAUUUCAUAUGAUGACACACGCGUAAAGCUGCCGCUGUACCUCAAUAUCCCGCACAGUGACUACAUCAACGCCAACUUUGUUCAGGAUCCCUCGGGCAGCGCUGCAUUCAUUGCCACACAGGGACCCAAGGACCACAGUGUGGAUACCAUCGGCGCCUUCUGGAGAAUGAUCUGGCAUUCCGAGUGCCGCCUCAUCCUGAUGGUGGCCAACCUUGUGGAGGGAGGCAAGAUCAAGGUGGCUCAGUACUGGCCGGAGGAAGAGCCAAUGGUUAAGGAAGGAGUCAAGGUGACGCUAACAUCUGUCCAGAUCCUGAUGGAUUAUGCAGUGAGGACUUUUACUGUGGCUGUCGAUGGCAAGGAAAGGAAGGUGAAGCAGUAUCAUUAUAUGGCCUGGCCAGACCAUGGCGUGCCCCAAACAGCCUACGGCCUCGGUUACAUGCUCAAAGCUGUCAUCGGAGACUAUGCAGUGGAACCACAAGGGCCGAUCACGGUACAUUGCAGUGCUGGCAUUGGACGGACUGGAACCAUCAUCUUAACACUGUUUCUUCUGCGUCAACUUCGUACCUGCGACGCCAUCAACACUAAAAAGGCUCUCCACACACUGAGGGAGGGCCGCGGGCGCCUGGUGGAAAAUGAGGAGCAGUACAUCUUCGUUCACAAACUCCUGUACGACAUUCUGUUUGGGAUGAGAACAACCUUCUCCUGCCAGUCCUUCGUGCGAGAGGCGGCCGCCAUUCGCUCCUCUAAGGCUUCUGACGGCACACUGAUUCUCCAGAAAGAGUAUGAAAAAAUGAAGAAACUCCCCAAAGAUUUGACGUUCAAGCGUGGAAAUGACCCAGCCUGUGCACAUCUCAACAGAAACCAGGCCAUUCUACCAGCGGACAAGCGUAUGAUGUUUGUGCAAAUGUACGGCACAGGAAAUGACUCGCAGUACGUGAAUAUCAUCAGAGUGCACGGCUUUGAUAGGAAGGACGCUUACAUGGCAGGCGAGCACCCGCAACCCCACACACUGGCUAAGAUAUGGCGCCUCGUGUAUGAGCAGCGUGUCUCCGUCUGGCUGUUGCUGCAAGAACUCCCUCACAACGACCCAUCUUUCCCCAACGUGGUGCGCGAGACCUCAGCUGUGCCAGGAAACAUGACCCUUGAGAUCUCGCAGCCAACCCAUCUUGAGAACUUCACUGAGUACACCGCGAUCCUUACAGUGAAAGAAAGGGAGUGUUGGAGGAACCACAAAUGCACGUUGCUGAUGCUUAGUGGAUGGUCACACACCGCCAAACUGCCAUCCUCCCCAGUGCCGCUUCUCGGGGCCAUUGAGAAAGCCGAGUCUCUACAGUUACCUCAGACACCUCUCCUCUUUACCUGCAGUGACGGCGUGACAGCAUGUGGCGUGAUGGCUAGUCUACUGCUGGCAGUCUGCAGAGCCAAGCUGACGCAGGAGGUGGACUUGUAUCGCUCUGCUGUCAGUGUGCAAUAUGACAGGCCUCAGUUCAUCACCAACUUGAUGCAGUACCAGUUCCUCUUCACGGCCAUGGAAGCUUUCCUGAACGAGAACAAACACUACGGAAACUUUACCUGAACCCUUAUGUCACACAAGCAGAAAUGAGGCUUAAACUGAGACAAAGAAAAAUGUCACAUGAAAAAAAAACACAAGAAAAACAUGAAUCAAACAUAAAAAAAAAAAAAAAGAAUACAAAAAAUAAAUACACAAAAUAAAAUCUUCAUUCAUAUACGUGUUGGGAUUAACUCCAUGUUGCUAUCUUAUAUGAAUUGUAGCAGUAAAAGUUAAUAGUUAAUGAUGUAUCAGAAGUAUAUAUAUAACUUCAGCUAAGCAUCUCUUCAUCAGUAACAUUCUGUCCGCCUUAAGAGUUGACCAGUAUCUUCCCUCCCAUCCCUUUCACUGGUAAACUGUUGAAUCUUCUAACCUGUUUGUAAAUUUCCUUUUUCCUAAGGCUUAAAACUCUCUCUCUCUCUCUCUCUCUCUCUCUCUCUCUCUCUCUCUCUCUCUCUCUCUCUCUCUCUCUCUCUCUCUCUCUCUCUCUCUCUCUCUCUCUCUCUCUCUCUCUCUCUCUCUCUCUCUCUCUCUCUCUCUCUCUCUCUCUCUCUCUCUCUCUCAUUGAAAAGCAUGACUAAUGUUUGUGUGAAGAUUCUUAAUACACCUUGUACAUCCAUAACUGUGUGUGUGUGUACUGCAUAAUUCUCUAUUUACUACCAAAGUUUCUGUGAGUACUAUAUAACUUUGUGCAUUACUUGAUUUUCUAUUACAAAACUCCAUGUGUGUGUGCUAUAUAACUUACGUAGUAUAUGUCUACCAUGUAAGUUUGUGAAAUACUCAACAUUAUUCUUUAUUUCUACAUAGCUCUGUGUGUACUACAUAGUUUAGUGUGUGUGCAUCAUCUGAUUAUUUACUGUGCGUGUGCUACAUAACUCAAUGUAUGUCCCAAAAUAAUUCAAUGUGUUCCGAACAUGUAACUCUGGAACCCCU